AAUAACAACAACAUUGCUUUUUUUGUUGCCAAGAAAUGAAGAAAGAAAUAAGCCACCAACAUUUGAUGUUUGAUUGAUGCAGAUGCAGACACCACAAUUUAUCUCGUCUCUUUCAAACACGAAAGGAAGUUUAUGACGCUUUCUUCCUCUUCUUCUUGGAAAGCCAUCAAUUUUGGAUCGACGAUGAAGAAUUCCGGCGAGACACGGCUUGUUGUGAAACGCAACCAUGGAAAAGGUGGUACGUGUUAUUUAAGUGCUCUUUCUCCCCAAGAUUUAUCUGAAAUCCCUGAAUAUAGGGUAGACCUUCCUUUUUGGAAUCCAUGGGAUCUGACUGCCAGUCACAGUUGCAGUGGGGGUUUGUUGUCAAUGACUAGUUUUGCUGGUCAUAUCUAUCUUUGCAACCCCACAACCAAACAGUUUCAGAUCCUUCCUCCCAAGGAGGAAACUCCUGAAACUCCUGAUGGGAUUCUAAGUCUGAGUGAGACCAGAAUUGUUGGUAGUUGUGUUGGCUAUGAUUCUGAAUCUGAUGAUUACAGAGUCCUAAGAGUUUGGGAACGUGAGCACAGAUUAGGAAUUGGACAGCCUUCGGGGAAGCACCGGACUUAUGACUUGUAUUCGUUACGAGAUGACUCUUGGAAGCCGAUUCCGCCUCCUGAAUGUCAUUGCCGCCUACCCACUAUGACUCCUACAAUCAUAUAUGCUAGAGAUAAGUUUUAUUGGCCUACUCUGGACCAAGAAGUUAUGUGUUACGACUGUCGUGAGGAAAGCUUCUAUUUGUUGCCUUCACCACCAAAUACUCGUGGCCUGCAUCUUCAACUUGUCAAGUUUUAUGAUGAAGAUUCUGUAGGUGUUGUUUUAUAUCGGUCUCCAAAAGUUAAUCCUGAAACUGGUUUGGCUCAACCUGAUGCUUAUUUUGAGCUUUGGAAAUGGAGAGACGGGGCGAGGUGCUGGGAUAGAGUGUUUAACGUCUCUCUUGGUGGUUGGAUUCAUGGAACAGAGGGGUCGAUAUACGGCCAAUUCGUGUUUGUUUGUGGAGCAGCUGGCCCGCUGACUGAUGUCAAACAGCGACUCGUAGCUUAUGAUUGGUGUAAGAAAGAGUGCAAGGAACUUGGUAUUCAUAAUUAUGACAUAGGAAUCGAUUUUUUUGUUAUGUUGAGAGCGACGUUGCACUGCCCCAUGGAAGGCCAAUCUAUGGAUCCCAUAUUAUUGAUUAUGGUUAUUUUGACAAGGACGAGGAGGCCAGUACUUAUCACGAUGAAAUCUUGCAGUGGAAGGCAGAUCUCAAGGAUUUUGAAGAUAAUGGAUUCCGUAUCAUUGAUGAAAAAGAGGCGGAGGAGAAGGAGGGGGAGGUUGUGA